CUCGAAAGCUCACACACAUCCACACACACACACGCACACACACACGCGCGUACCCGCCCAGCACUAGACGACAUUCGAUUUGUGCCCGGCCUCGCGAUUGGCUGAGCUGUCUUCGCACCCACUCACGUCCCCCGGUGGCCCGACGGCAUCCGCCGUCGCAUCAGCCACUUUGCCAUCGGUGGCGUCGUGUGGUGCCUUGGGCUCUGAAGACAUACACAGCACCCCAUCACUUGCAGGCAUACACACGUGGCUCUCUCUUCUAUCAACUUUAUCAUACCUGCCGCGUAUGUCUCCCUCCGUUGCCUCUGUGUCCGCUGUGCCCACCAUGAGGCUAGGAAGGCGUCGAUGAGUAUUUGUGUGAAGUGGCCGAGGAUCGCCCCGAUGACCAUAAUGCCGCGGCUGCCCAGCUCGGUUGGCAGGAACUCAAUGACCGUCACACACACGGGCAGUGUCUUCUGAGACGCGCACACCACCACGGCCUUCAUUAUCGCUGCAUGCAGCGAGACACAAGACACGAGACGUGUGUGGGUCAGUCAGCUUCCACAUCUGGUCUUCUUACGUGGCGGCAGGCGAAGGAGGAGCGAGGACAGUGCAUUGAGGACGAGAAAGACGAUAUGCAUGGCUAUGGCCACCGCCGCUGCUGCCAGCACCAUCUCAGGGUCCAACUUGGCUAUCUGAGACAGAUACAAACAAAGCCGUCCGGACAGAUGUGCCGGUGAAGGAAGGCAUGCAUGUCUCACUCACUCACUCACGAACCUUGGCCACAGACCCGCUGACUUUCAUCCACACGAUCAAGAUGAUGCACUGCGCCGGCACAUGCUUCAUCAGCCGCUUGUGAGAGUUCGCAAACUUGAGAACAGGUGGCCAGAAGGACAAAACUUUGCCCACGACCAGAGGGAUAAGGAUGGAAUAGGUCAGCGACAGCAGCAUCCCCGCCCCAUCAAUAGACACAUCCACACCCUCAUCACUCUCCUGUUGCCCGCCCUCUUGUGCGGCGUCGACGAGCAGCGGCACCGUAGCUGGUAGAGUGAAGAUAGCGAUGAAGUUGGUGGCGACGGUGAAGAGGAGUGCCAGCGGUGUGUUGCCCUCCGCCUGUUUGGUCAGUAUCACGCCACUCGUGAGUGUCAUCGGCAUCAGAGCAAACAGCGCCAGGCCGAGCGAUAAGUCGGGCGGCUCCAGCGGCACAAACACCAGCCCGAAGCCAGCCAGGGGCGUCAGCAACAAAAUCGACAAAGUGCCGUACACCGCCCCACGCCAGCAGCUGAGGCCCUCCUUCACCUCUGCAAACUGCAGCUUGAUACCCGAGAGCACGAACACGAUGCACACACACAGCUGCCCCAUCAGACCCUCCGGAAGGGGGCCGUCGAUGCCGGCCACCCAUUUGCCAGGGACUGGCACCUGAUUGUGAACAGAAGGAGUGAUGCCGGUGCGCUCUUUGCCUGCAUGUCGAUGCUGCGUACCAGGGCACCGAAAAUCACGAAGACCACGAGCCCUGAACAAACGAACACAGCGGUGUGCCACAGUCCACACAUUCCCGAGGGAUGAAGGUGAUGGCCUGCCUCACCCAAUGGAAGGUAGUGUGUGUCGCAGAACUUGAGCAGGGCCGACCAUCGCUUUGCCCAGGGGCCGUCUUCUUUCACUCCUGUCCCUUCUUUCUCUUGGUUUGCCAUCGAUUCGGAUUGAAG